GUGCGCCAGUGCGCGCGGAUUAUUUGGCCACGAUCGCCGUCUCUGAGUGAUCGCGAAUGUGUCUGAAGAUCACUUAUUUUCUGCAGUUAUUUAUAAAUCUGAUGUCUGUUUCGUCGUGAAAUCGCAGUUAGAUUUUGAUAUUCUUACACACUCCUUCAGCGGUGAGUGAUCAAAGAGGAUAAGUUUAAUGCUCAAUAAGACGAUUGUGAAAAUUUCCACACAAAGUGUGCCUGCAAAUUGAAGAAAAGUGAUAGAAGAGAAUAAUUCGACAUCCUGGAUGAACUAUUGCCUCUCUAAAUGUGAUGAUCACACACUCAGUUACGCAAUUUCAGUAUAGAAGUGGAUUAAAGGCAGAAAAAAAGAAGUGGGAAAAUCCAUCGAAGAGAGAUUGGUGUGUUGUAGAUUAGCGUGAAGAAGGGAAGAGAUUAUUAGGAACUGUGUGUAAAGAUGAAAUCGUCUGUGAUAAAUUCUGGCAACGGUGGCGCAGCUCCCCAGCAGACAGCCACAAGUUCUGCCCAAAUAGACGGCAAUAACAAUCCUCAGCAGCAGCAGCAGAAUCCGCGAUAUCCCUUCUAUGACUUCAAUAUGGAUGAUCCUCGAGACUUCUUCACAAAUCCCGCACUCAGAUCUCGACUGAGUCGAAUGAGAAAUCCGUGGAACAUGAACUUUGGGGCGCCAAGGAAGCGCCAGGCGUCAAAUCAAGCCCAGGAGGAGGAGGACAGUGGCUUCGUGGAGGAUCCACAUGACAGCUUCUUCAGCAAGUUCGAUCCACACUGGAGUGAGGCUGGGCAGUGGCCAAGGAGCAACAUCCGGAAGCGCCAGCCGAAUGAUUUUGGCCACGGUGACUUCUUCGAUCACUUCCCGGCGGAGUUUAGACAGUAUAUUCCAGACGAUUUCGGCUUCCACCAUCCGGUGACUGUGCACCAGCAUCCGCCCCCACGCCAGGCGCCCCCACAAGCUGAGAAGCCACGCUUCUGUGACGCGGCGAUGCAAACAGAUGACGAACCGCCCACUGGCGACACUCCACAAACAGAUGAAUCUGCGCCGCUGAAGCAGCACGGAUUGCGGAACACGGUGGAUUUGGGACAGAAAUCCCCGCCUGAGGAGAUUGGCGAACGCGCCAAGAGCGCUCCGCCAGAGUCUGAGACUGAGAUCCCACAGACAUCAGCUGAGGAGCCACCGCCGCCGGCGUCACCCUCGCAGGCAGUCCGACAUAUUCCAAUCAUCGUGGAGCGCACGGAGAAACCACCAGUUCCGCAGCCCCCAAAGCGUGGUGUGUCACAGAAGAAGUUCGUGCUGAAGCAGGAAGCACCGGCAGAAGUGCCUGAGACGCAGCCCGAGGCUCCGCCGACGCCCUCAGCCGAGUCCAUCGCGAAAAUCCAGCAGAUUCAGAAGGAUGUACUGGAGUUGAUGUUCAAAGUGGAGGCGUUCCAGGGCACAUCACGGUCGGACAAGGAGUACAUGUUUCUGGAUGAAAUGCUGACGAGGAAUCUGCUGAAGCUGGACACGAUAGACACCAAGGGGAAUGACAGCAUAAGAUUGGCCAGACGUGAGGCCAUCAAGUGCAUCCAGGCCUCCUUGUCUGUGCUGGAGGCGAAGGCUGAUGGCGCCGGCAAGAGCGCCCAGGACACCCAGGACACACAGAAAACCGAGGAAAAGGCAGAACCUGAAGCCUCCGCACCUCCUGAUGAGCCUCAAGAGGAGGCGAACACUGCCGAGAGUGCCGUGCAGGCGGGAGAAUGUGAGAGUGCUUCUGAAGAGGUGGACAAGUCGAAGAUUCCCAUUCCUCUGCCGCCCAUUGAGCCGCUGCCGCAGCAAGUUGAUGAAGAUGGUCAGCCCGGCGAUGGGGAGAAGCUGAAGAAGAAGAAGGUCAUAAAGAAAGUGGUGAAGAAGGAAAGUGAAUCCACUGCCCAGAAUGAUGAUCAACAGACGUAAAUCUUCCUAUC